GCGGCAGUGAGGCCAGUGAGGGCCGUCGCGGACGGCCGCGGGACGGAGCUGGCCGGCGCCGGGCCGGGCCGGGGUGGGGUUAGGUCAUGACCGUGGGUCAGGUCGCUGUGGUGGGGUGGGUCGCGGAGUGGACUGGUGGUCGGCGGGGCAGCAGCUGGGGUGUCGAUCUGUCCUCUGAUAGGGCUGAUGGCCGGCUGGACGGGCUCGUCACAUCCAACAAUGACAGAUUUUCAUGCACAAGUCUGCGAUGCAGCUGCACGCGCGCGAGGUGCACCGCAGCGAGGUGAAGCCGCACCAGUGCCAGCAGUGUCUCAAGUCGUUCUCCUCCAACCACCAGCUGGUGCAGCACAUCCGCGUCCACACCGGAGAGAAGCCCUACAAGUGCUCCUAUUGCGACCGGCGCUUCAAGCAGCUCAGCCACGUGCAGCAGCACACCCGGCUGCACACAGGUGAGCGGCCGUACAAGUGCCACUAUCCGGAGUGCGGUCGGGCCUUCAUCCAGCUGUCGAACCUGCAACAGCACCUGCGGAACCACGACUCCCAAAUCGAGCGCAUGAAGAACCGGCCGUUCCACUGCCAGAUCUGUGGCAAAGGCUUCGCCACCGAGAGCAGCCUGCGCACGCACACCACAAAGCAUGCUGCGCUGAUCGGUGGCCCAAACGCCGUCAACUGUCCAAUCUGCCACAAAAUGUAUCUGGGCGGUGCGGCGCUGAUGGAGCACAUGAAGCACGUGCACAAGGACCCCAACGCCUCGGGCGUGGCCGCUAAGCGUCGGACGCCGAACCACCCGUGUCCAGUGUGCGGCAAGCAGUACGUCAACGAGGGCUCCCUGCGGAAGCACAUGGCCACCCACCCGGAGGCUGCCGGGCUGGCGGCGCCCCUGAGGAUGUGGCCCUGCUCCGUCUGCCAGGCCGUCUUCACCCACGAGUCCGCGUUCCUGACGCACAUGGACCACAUGCGGAUGGAGCCCAAGCACCAGUUCGCCGCUCAGUACGUCCUCUCUCGGGCCGCUGCCGAGCGGCGAGAACGCGAAACUCUGUUUGCCGCCGCCGCCGCCGCUGCGGCCACCUCCUCCAUGGGCAUGAGCGGGCACCACAUGUUCCCGGCCAUGUCCAUGGCCAGCAUGAACCCGAUGAGCUCGUCUCUGAUGGCGGCCGUCUCGGCAGCCUCACCCUCUGCCCACUCGGACUCGUCCCGUAUCUCCACGCCGGCUGAGCCCAAGCUGGAGCCGCGGCUGGCCGGUGGGAGCUCCGAGAUAGACAGGUCGGACUCGAUGGCCGUCAGCUCGCGACUGGUAAUGCUCAACCGGCUGACGGCGCAGCAUCCGGUGGCCAUGACCGGGUCACUGACACUGCAGCCGUCUGCUCUUCAGCAUCAGCAACAUCAGCAGCAGCAGGCGCAGCUGCAGCAGCACCAGCUACAGACGCAGCUCCAUCAGCAGCAGCACCAGCAGCAACAGCAGCAACAACAGCAGCACCAACAACAGCAACAGCAGCAACAACAGCACCAACAGCAGCAACAGCACCAACAGCAGCAACAGCAGCAACAACACCAACAGCAACAGCAACAGCAGCAGCAGCAGCAGCACCUCACCCAGCCCGAUCAGCCUCAACAACAGCGGCCCGGCGACAGUAUGCGCGCCAUGAUUCAGCAGACCCAGGCCGAGCUGGUGAGGUCGACGCUGAACUCCCAGGCGGAGGGCGCCCGCUCUCUGGAUGUGCUCCGCUCGCUGCACGCGCCAGCGAGUGACGCAAUGGACGGCGCCAUGCGACACCCGGAGCUGCGCAUGUUUCCGUCAGAGCUGACCAUCCGCUCGCCGCACGAGCUUUACGGCCAGCCGGCGGCGCCGACGGCGGCGGAGGAUCCGUUCCGGAUGUCGGAGUCCCUGCGGCCGCCGCAAGACCCGCGAGCAGGUCUGGGUGGCUACCUGACCUCCCCACAACAGAACUGAGACAGAGCUGGGCUCCCGUCGAAGUAGUAUUGUUCUCAAUGCUUCUUUGUCACGCAUCCAAAGUCAAGCAUCCCAGCAAUAAGAUCGAUAUUGUUGCCGCGCUGGCUUCACAUCAGGCGUCCGUGGCGACUUAGCUAGAAGAGCUCGCAGCUGAUAUUGCUGAGUCUAUGGUGAACGUCUUGGACGAGGCGUCAGUUAAACGUUCAGUAGCGUCACUCUGAUGAACCCAACCAAGGCCAACCACUCGCACUGCCGGACGAAAGGCUCCGGCGAUAAACCAAGCUCGAGUUGUCGGCCCUAGGUCGCAUGCGAUAAAAACUCACGCAAUAGCUACCGCCUUCACAUGUUCAUUACAAAAAUCACGAAACAUAGUUUGACCAGUGAUUUAUUUCGUGCAUUAUGUAUUGUGUAUGUACCGACGUGUGCAGCAAUGUUUUGUACUUUUAAUUUAUUGCCAGGUGAGGACAUUGCAUGCAUUUUUUGUCAGGCGAUAUAGCUGAAGUAGCAGGGAUAAUUUGAUUACUGUGCCGCUCAUUCACAUGUAGGUAGGCACUUAGAAGCACCAAUAUAUUGUAGGCAGACGAUGUCGUGAAGAGCGGACUGUGAUUUUGUUCUGAGACGGAUGUGGCUGCAAAGGAGCUGCAUAAGGGUGCAGUAAAGUGGAAGUAAGGUGAUAAGCUACUGGAUAUUCGUCCACAGACAUGCGAACUGCAAAGCUCGCAUAGGCUUUUCAAGGUUGUGUCUCCUCCAAUGAGAGAUCAACGGUCGCGUGAUGUGGUCAUAUAAUGAAUCGAUGACUGUUGCGGCUUUGUGAUGCGUUAUAUCAUCAGAUUGCUCAGAGGGCUUAGUGUGAACCGUUUGACGGGCAUGAGUGGACUUGGUAUCAGGUAUGGAAUAUGGAUAAACUUCAGCUGACGUGAAACGUUUACGACAUCCGGUUCUGUCAACUGAGAACAGCCCGGAACCAGGCCAGCUGGUUGGUUAUUCUCCUCUCAGACGUUGAAACUGGUCCGAACUCCAUCUAUAUCUAAUUUUACUUAAAAAUUAGGUAUCAGGAAGUCUGGCAUAUGCGGGGAAUGCUUUGUUCCAUCCGCUUUACAUUAACCAAUCAUCAACAUUUCAAACCAAUAAGUUAUGGCGAAUGAGAGGGGCAUAGUGUUGGUUAGCCAUACCCCUAUGAAUUGUAUUCCAGUUGGGUUUACGUGUGGGCAUUAACAGCCUAUCGAUCCAUUGCUAUUGGUUAC